AUGAAGGAUUUCUCGGGGCCAUGGACGGACAUCGGGGUCGCGGCGGCGUGUUUCGGCAGCCUGCUCCUCUACAAUGGGUGGUAUUUCGGGAGGCGGGUGCUGGCGGGCGUGCACCAGACCAUCCACAUCCGGAGAGCCUGGGUGGAGGAAACCAUGAACUCCCCUGACGACAGCCUGUUGGUCGUGCAGACACUGCGAAACCUGAUCAUAGCAGCCACCCUCAUGGUCACGGGGCUGGCCCAGAUCUUGGGGCGCUUGGUUGCAAUCAUCACCAAGGACAGCGCUCCGGAGCCCAGAGGCCAUGAGUGGGUUAGCACACAGACCAAGCUGACGCUGGCGCUAGCCGUCCUCUUCCUGGCCCUGGUCAUGCUCUCCCUCAGCGUCCGACUGGCAGUGCACCUGGGCUUCAUGAUACCGCUGAAGAGCAGGCGACGGCACUCCAACGCCCUGCGCAGCGACAUCCAGACCUCGAUGCACUCCUGCACCCUCUACUUCUCUGCCGGGCUGCGCAUGUUGGUGCUGUCCCUGCCCAUCAUGGGCUGGGUGGCGGGGAACCCCGCCCUCAUCUCCUCCACCCUCCUGGUGCUGGCGCUGUCCUGGCACGUGGAUUCGGGGUCCAAGGAGGCAGAGGAUCUUGAGGGCGAGGAGAGCAUGGCCCAGUGUCUCAUGGGGGAGGGGGCAUGA